CUGGCACAUUUUUCUGCCUGCACUGCUGAGCGCGCACACGCUGCGGUUGGCUGCAAGGGGCUGAGACACCCUAAAGCAACCGCAGCCCACGGGGUUCCGCAGCGUCUGGGCGGCUCCAGGCGCCCCCCGCGAACGAGACUGCAGUUUCUGUCAAAUUAUAAGGAAGGCUCUGGAUCAUCCUUAACAAGACGGACGUUGAAUGUUUAGCAUCACUUCUUUGGAUUGUUGAAUGUGAAUUGGAACCGCUGUAUUUCUAGGAACCAAAUGGGAAAUCUUUUAAAAGUUCUCACUUGCACAGAGCUUGAUCAGGGGCCAAAUUUUUUCCUUGACUUUGAAAAUGCACAGCCCACAGAUGGAGAAAGGGAAGUAUGGAAUCAGAUCAGUGCAGUUUUACAGGACUCAGAAAGUAUGCUUGCAGACCUUCAGGCUUACAAAGGAGCUGGACAAGAAAUUAGAGAUGCAAUACAAAACCCCAAUGAUAUCCAGCUGCAAGAAAAAGCAUGGAAUUCAGUAUGUCCUCUGGUUGUAAGGCUGAAGCGCUUUUAUGAGUUUUCACUCAGAUUAGAGAAAGCCCUGCAGAGCUUACUGGAGUCCUUGACGUGCCCACCUUAUACUCCAACUCAACACCUGGAACGGGAACAGGCUCUAGCUAAAGAAUUUGCAGAAAUCUUACAUUUUACUCUUCGUUUUGAUGAACUUAAGAUGAGAAAUCCAGCAAUUCAGAAUGACUUCAGUUACUACAGGCGGACAAUAAGUCGCAACAGAAUAAACAAUAUGCAUCUAGACAUUGAAAAUGAAGUAAACAAUGAAAUGGCCAAUAGGAUGUCUCUGUUUUAUGCGGAAGCCACACCAAUGCUGAAAACACUCAGUAAUGCAACUACAUAUUUUGUGUCAGAAAACAAAACCUUACCAAUUGAGAACACAACGGACUGUCUAAGUACUAUGGCUAGUGUAUGUAAAGUCAUGUUGGAAACACCAGAGUACAGGAGUAGAUUCACCAGUGAAGAGACUCUUAUGUUCUGCAUGCGAGUAAUGGUGGGAGUUAUUAUUCUGUACGAUCAUGUUCACCCUGUGGGAGCUUUCUCAAAGACAUCAAAGAUUGAUAUGAAGGGUUGCAUAAAAGUUUUAAAGGAACAGCCACCUGACACUGUAGAAGGACUUCUCAAUGCUCUCAGGUUCACUACAAAACACCUGAAUGAUGAAUCUACUUCAAAACAAAUCCGAGCUAUGCUGCAGUAGUAUCCUGAGACAAGUAGAUGUUUGUAUUGACCACAGAAGAUGUGUAUGUUUACAUAAUUUAAUACUGUUUGAUGUUAAUACUUGUGUGUAUUUACAUAACCAUUUUCUUCACAUUGCUAAAACAUAUGAACUUGUAGUCAUAACCUGACUGACUUUAUAUAGUGCAGCCUAAGUUUUAAUGCUAGCCUUUAUCUUUUGACUUUUAAAAUACUUUUUUACUUAGAUACUUCAGCUACACCUACAACAGUCAAUCUGUGCAUUUUAAUCCUCAACCUUCUAUUCCACAGAAAUAAGUAGUAAAGACAAAAUGGAGAUCAAAUAAACUGAAAUAUUGAAUAAUUACCAGAGAAGUGAAACUUUAAAGGAGGAGAAAGUUAAUAUAAGUGAAAAUAAAAUUCAAAUAUUGGAUGUGUUUUAAAAAAACAUAUGCACAGGUUUUUAGUCACUUAAUUUUACAAUAGCUCAUCAAAUUUGUAUGAAUAGAAGGUAACCUGAAUGUUCAUCACCCUCAUGAAAUGUGUUGUCUUUCCUGUAUUAAAUGGAAGAUGAGAAACCCCUGAUUUCAAGAAUUACAGACUGGCUGACAUCCAAAUAUGUAUUGUGAAAGAGGUCAUUUUACCUCAUUUAUUUAGUACAGCCUUUAUCUUUCCACUACUGAGAAAUUAUUACCCUUUUUCAAGUUCAGUAUAAAUAAACUUGAAAUGUAUUCUAAGACCAUUGCCGGAUUUUGAGUCUGUAUAAUUUUAUUAGGUUUAGAAAGGGAAAGAGCAAAUUCUAAUGCCUUGACUUAAAUAGAAAAUAUUUUGUCAUUGUGACUAUAUCAUGGUAAAUAUUAUCUGCUAGAGACAGCUCUAACUGGUAAGUAAUUUUUUUACUGAUAUAAAAUGGUUUAAAGCAAAACACUUCAUAGCAGCAAACUUCCCUAGUGUCAAAUUGUCCUCAUCAGACUAAGGACAAUUUAAAGAAGUUUUAAGAGUUGAGCUGUUACUAGGCACUCAGUCAAGUUCCUUUAUAGUAAUAGUCAUCAGCUCAUUCAGAGCGAACACAGAAGUAUAUUUCAGCUCACUGCUCCUCAUUGUUUUUUAGACGUGAUAGACCCUUCAAGGAGUUGAGUUCCUUGCUGAGUUGUUUGUUCCUAGUUUCUAGUAAAUUUUCCAGUAAAUGGAAUAGAAAUAUUUUGCCAAAAGCAGCAAAGUGCUCUUGCUCUGUUAAGUGUUUCUCGAGGGAUCUGUAGUUGCUGUACAUAUUCUUGCAGAGGUCACAUUCUGAAGCUGUGUUCAUUUCUGUGUACUUUGCUUGCAUGUAUGCAUGAAAACUCCAGUUCUUGUGCACAGAUUCAGAUUUGUAUGUGUUUAUCCUUGUGUAUGUAAGUCAGUUUGUGUGCUGUCACUGGAAUUUUCAUGCAUUCACAUGGAACUUUCAAUUUUCACUCCUGAAAACUUUACUCUUAGUAUGCUGAAGAGAUAUUUGGUCUGCUAAGACUCAGCUGUGCUGUGACAAAUUUAGUCAUUGAACUCAGUCCUUAAGCAGUAUGAAGAUUAUAAACUCUUUGGCAUAGGAAUUGUCUUAGGCUUUAUUUCUGAGCAGAACUGCCAGGUUUCAAACCUUGUUAGAACCUAUAGAAGCUACUGUUACACAUAUGAUACUGUAUACCACUGCAACUAGAGAGUUCAUUUCAUAUAUCUGCAGUUGUAGCAGCAGAUCACUAUACUGUUGUCAGGAACAGAAUUAGAAAUUGAUAGUAGCCUUUUCUUUCUUCUGGAAGCAGUGAUCACACCGUGUUUGUGAAGUAGAAAAUCCACUGUUUACACACUCCAUUUUUAAUGGGGGGACAUUUACAAAUGUAUAUUAGGGAAAAUACUGCUUUCAUCUUAGCCGUUUUCAGAUAGGUAAGUGUAGGUGGAUUCCAGGUCAUUCUGUUGAGCUUUAGUAGAUAAAGUUAAUACAUGCUUACCUGCAGUUAUUUGUCAAACAAGGAACCCUUAUCUUUAGGUAGCCCAGAGGAGAGCUACUUGUCACUUGUAUAAUAAAAAUAUAAACCUUAAAGCAUUCUGUAAGUUGUCAUGUGCUGUUUGCUGAAGUCACUGAAUUUCUUUGCCUGGUAUGUUUUUGUACAGAAUUUUGUUUGAAAUAAUAAAAAACAGUUUGGUACAGUAA